GAGACGGCGGGGAACCAUUCGUUUUUGUUCAGCUUCGGGCAAAAUGUGCGAUUAGAACCUCGCAGGUACUUGUCCCUCGCUAUUCAACCGUCUCCAGCUCUUGGAGAAGGUUGUUAUUCAUUUUUUUAAUUUUUUUCUUCAACAAAGGCCGGACUAGGUAGAUAUGGAUCAAUCAAAAACGGCCAACAGCCUCAGUUUUAAGCAACGGAAGGGAUGCUUCGUGCAGCGUUGGGUCCUAGUACUGAUUGCUGCUGUAGCAGUUUGCUGCGUCCUGCUAGUCGGACUGCUUGUUGGAUACUUGACUCCAUGUGGGGCAUCUCCGAGGUCGGAAGCUCAGGUAGUGAAUCCGGAAGUUGACAAGAAGGAACUUCCUUAUGUCCUGCUGCCGAGAAGCAUUAUUCCCGAACAUUACGAUGUCGAAUUACAACCUUUCAUUUUGCCGGGCAACUUCACUUUUAACGGAAAAGUCCGGGUGCAGAUCCGGGUUCUCGAAGAAACGGACAACGUAACGCUGCAUAUAAACGAUAUAACUGUGAACGAAGACAGUGUCCGGUUAUCCGGCUUGGAUGCCCCGGAUAUUGCGAGAACGAGUAAGGAUUUAGAAAGGCAGUUCUACAUUUUGCAUCUGAAAGGAAAGCUGGGGGCUGGGCAGAGUUAUGAAGUGUAUAUGGAAUUCUUGGGAAAUCUGAAUGACCAAUUAGCGGGUUUCUACAGGAGUUCCUACAAAGAUGAAAAAGGGCAGACAAGGUAUGUCGUUUUCCAUUGUUUCAUAGAACUAAAAUAA